GGGCACGGGCAGGGUGGAGCUUUUGGGGAUGGGGCUUGUCCUUGGUGGGAACAGCCCCUGUGACAGGGCCUGGGGACACCAUGCGGGGUCAUGGGCUUAGUGAUGCCCUAAGCACUAAGUUUUUCCCCCAUGCUGUCAUCCUGAGGGUUGAAUGGUCACUGUUUGUGGGGCAGGGAGAUCACCACUGCUCCCUGCUGUGGAAUCCACUGUGGGGCUGUAGGUUGGUGGGGAAGGGUGCUGUAUCCCCAGUGCUGGGGUUGGCCAGGAGCUGCGCUCCAUGGCAGGGCAGAGCCCUGGGCACCAUCAUGUCCCAAACAGCAGUGGAGGCUGGACCUCCACUCACACCGCUGUCAUUGUGGCUGCAGUCAGAGAGCCCGAAGGAUGCAGCAUCUGCACCCCCCAAAGCUGAGCCCCCGAAAGCUGAGCCCCCAAAACCUGAGCCUGUGAAGAGCCCUGAACCUGCGAAGAGCCCCGAGCCACCUCCUGGGAGAGGGAAGAGCCCAGAGCCGGUGCUGAACGGGGCUGCUGAGAAUGGGCUGGAGGGCGCAGCCGCCGAGGCACAGGGAGAUGAUGGCCAGGGGCUGUCCCGCCGCAAGGUGGUCCGGGUGGUGCGCAAGGUGGUCCGCAAAGUUCUGCCAGGGGAGGACGCUGGCAGUGCCAAGGAGCCAGGCCGAGAUGCCAAGUCUCCUGAGCCAGUGCCACCCCCGAGGAAGGAGGAAGCAGGCCGUACCGCUGUCCCUGCUCCCCCAGCCCCGCCACCUCCCCCCACCGUGGUGCCUUCAGCCCCUUCCAAGCCGGAACCCAAGGAUGAGAUCUCAGAGGGGCUCAAAACCCUCAUGGCAAAGGGCAAAACCAAGGAGCACCGGGCGCGGCUCCGGCCGGGGGACAGGCAGGAGAAGUCCCGUGAGCCCGCUGGUGGGGACACAAAGCUGUCCCCGUCCCCUGAAGCCAAAGCAGAGCCACCAGUGCAGCUUUCAGGAGGGAAAGCGGAGCCAGCAAAGGCGUCUGCUCUGAAACCCACGGCCCUGGAGAGGCACAAGGUACCGGUGUGUGCACGGCGGGGGAUGCUCUGACCUGGCGGUGGGUCGUGCCCCCAGUGCAGCAUGGUGUGAGCUCACCUGCAUGGUUUGCAGUGGUUUUGAGACGUGUGGUGUGGGUGGGAGUCACUUUUUUGGGAGCAGUCGUGUGCGCUGUGGCCACUCCAUCAUGCUGCCCCUUUUCUCCCCUCCAUUUCAUGUGGAGAAGAAGCUGCAGACCAGCGAGAAGCGGCCGACCCCUGAGAAAAAUGCCCCGGCUGCCCCCCAGCAGGCUGCCCCUGGCCCUGCUCCCCCUGGCCCCACGUCCGUGCUGAGCCCAUCUGAGGAGGCGCAGCUCCGGCUGGAGAGGAUCUUCACCACUUCUGUAAUUCCAGAGGUGUUGGUGCUUGCGUGUCGCCUUCUCAGGGAUGGGAGGCAUGGGCAGCCUGUGGCUGCCCCAGACAUGCCAUGUGUGACUGUACCCCUGUGUCUGGCUGCCAACCCCAUGGUCCAUCUGUGGGUGACACUGGCAGCAGGGAAUGGAUGACCAGGGCUGUUGGUGGGUUUGGGGAUCAUUGCCCAGACUAGUGUGCUAGGGAUGGGGGAUUGCCUGCAUCCCUGUGGGGGCCUAGGCACACUGGUGGCUCAUGGAUGAUGUCCUGGUGGUACUGUGUGAUCAUUACCAUGCCAGGGCCCUGUGACUUGUCAGGGUGCUGCUUCUGCUCUCUACCUCUCACCCCCUCUCUUCUUUCUCUCCUCCUUCCUUGCUGC